GGUGAGACCGGAAGUGGUGCUGUGUAGGGAACGGGGAGGGUGAGGGGAACCGCCGGUCGGCAGGCGAGGCUCAAGGUUCCCGGCGCUGGGCUGGAAGUGAGAAGGAUCAAAGGUCAAGGAUACAUUCCAGGAAAGUUUUAAAAAUAUAUCACCAGCUCCAACUUUAUGGUUGAUCUAACCAUGGAAAACCUCAUUGGAUCCUCACUAGAUCAGACCAUGACUGGCACUCUGAAAAGCAUGAGGAAUGAGAAUCUGAGAUAUAUACCUACCACUUCAAGAAAGUUCCUGUAUCAGCCAGCACUUUAGCAGAUCAGCUAGUUUCUUGAUCAUCAAGCAGACAUAGUCGAGCUACCAGCCCAACAGAGGAAAACGUCUCUGUAUCAGUGUUUUUCCCAUUCUGAGUGUUACCCGUUUGUAGGUCAUGAAAUCAAUUUUGUGAGUCACAACGAACAUUUUUUUUAAACAAAAUAAAAUGCAAAAUAUCAGAGUGCUUGUAUGAAUCCUUUGCCAGAAUUAUGCACUUGCAAGGAAUACUAAAGUCAGUUUCACUAUAUGAAAAGAUAUUUGAUGGGGGGAUGUGAUGAGCAGAAUGUACAUGAAGAAAAUGGUUUUUCAGUUUGUCUCCUAAUAACUUGUUGGUUUUCAUCAUAAGGAGGUUGAUUGUGCAGCCUGGUUUUAUGUUACCAUGACUUGCAACUGGAUAUCAAAUCUGAGAUGUUCAACUGAGAUUCAGUUGCAAACUGCUUUUUUGGGGAAGAUGUUAUCUAGGCUAUAAGUAUAUAUACAUUUGAGUUAGUGGCAUUAUAGCAUUUUAUUCAAGAAUUGCUUUUAAAAUGGAUCGUGUCUUUUUUAAAAGAAAGAAUAAUGAAACAAAAUAUGCAGAAGCAUGUUCAAGUUCAACUGUUGGAUCCAGAAGUGUGAAUGAUGACAAUCUUAAGAAAAAUAUUGACUCUCAUCUGCAAACAUCAACUUUUGAGCCACAUUUCAAAAAGAAAAAAGUAAGUGCAAGGCGUUAUAAUGAAGAUUAUUUAAAAUACGGUUUUAUCAAAUGUGAAAAACCCUUUGAAAAUGACAGACCUCAGUGUGUAAUUUGUAAUAAUAUUCUUGCAAAUGAAAGCUUAAAACCUUCGAAAUUAAAACGGCACUUAGAAACUCAGCAUGCUGAACUUACUGACAAGCCUCUUGAAUAUUUUCAAAGAAAGAAAAAGGAUGUGAAGUUAUCAACACAGUUCCUGAGCUGUUCUACUCCUGUUAGUGAGAAAGCCUUAUUAUCAUCAUAUUUAGUGGCAUAUCGUGUGGCAAAAGAGAAAAUGGCUCAUACGGCUGCUGAAAAAAUUAUUCUCCCAGCCUGUUUGGAUAUGGUGCGUACAAUUUUUGAUGAUAAAUCAGCUGAUAAAUUAAAAUCAAUUCCUAGUGAUAACACAAUAUCACUGCGAAUUUGUACAAUCGCAGAACAUUUAGAAACAAUGCUUAUUACUCGGUUACAGUCUGGAAUAGAUUUUGCAAUCCAGCUUGAUGAAAGCCCUGAUACUGGAAGCGGUACGACACUUUUAGUCUAUGUCAGAUAUGCAUGGCAGGGUGAUUUUGUGGAGGAUUUUUUGUGUUGUUUAAAUUUAACUUCACACCGAAGCGGGUUAGAUAUUUUUACCGAAUUAGAAAAGUGCAUUGUUGGUCAGUAUAAAUUAAACUGGAAACACUGCAAAGGAAUUACAAGUGAUGGAACAGCAAACAUAACUGGAAAACAUAGCAGAGUAAUUAAAAAAUUGUUAGAAGUUACCAAUAAUAGUGCUGCAUGGAAUCAUUGUUUUAUACAUCGUGAAGCUUUAGCGUCCAGAGAAAUGCCACAGAAUCUCAUGAGAGUAUUGAGAAAUGCAGUGAAAGUUGUUAAUUUUAUUAAAGGAAGCUCACUAAAUAGCCGACUCCUUGAAACAUUUUGUUCAGAGAUUGGAGCUAAUUAUACCCAUUUACUGUAUCACACCAAAGUGCGUUGGUUGUCGCAAGGGAAAAUCCUAAGCAGGGUUUGACUCAGGAGUGAGAUCCACGUUUUUCUCACGGAAAAAAAAUCUCAUCUGGCAACUGUUUUUGAAGAUGAUAUUUGGGUAACGAAAUUGGCAUAUUUAACUGAUAUUUUUGGCAUUCUUAAUGAACUAAGUUUAAAACUACAGGGGAAGAACAGUGAUAUAUUCCAACACGUCGAACGUAUCCAAGGCUUCCACAAGACGUUAUUGUUGUGGCAAGCAAGGCUUAAAAGCAGUCGUCCGAGCUACUACAUGUUUCCAAGAUUUUUGCAACACAUCGAAGAGAAUAUUAUUAAUGAAAACAUUUUAGAAGAAAUAAAACUAGAGGUAUUAUUGCAUCUCACGUCUCUCUCUCAAACUUUUAACCAUUUCUUCCCAGAAGAGAAAUUUGAAACUUUAAAAGAAAACUGUUGGGUAAAAGAUCCAUUUGCUUUUCGAAACCCCGAAUCAAUAAUCGAGUUAAACUUGGUGCCUGAAGAAGAGAAUGAAUUACUGCAGCUCAGUUCUUCAUAUGCCUUGAAGAAUGAUUAUGAAACCUUAAGUUUAUCAGCAUUCUGGAUUAAGAUAAAGGAAGACUUUCCUUUGCUAAGUAGAAAGAGUGUCCUGCUCUUACUACCAUUCACGACAACGAGUUUGUGUGAACUGGGGUUUUCAGUCCUAACCCAGUUAAAAACGAACGGACCGAAUGGUGCAGCAGGUCUGCGGGUAGCGGUUUCCUCCUGUGUCCCAGACUGGAAUGAACUCGUGAACAGGCAAGCACACCCACCAGUUAGUUCCGUCAGGUGCCACCUUGGAAUGAGUGCUCCACAGGAGCAGAGGUCAUGUCCAUCUCACAUGAUACGUAGUAAGUGGACCUUCAGUUUACAUGUGAUGAAGAACAAAUGAAUCAGUGAUCUCUAACACCUGCCGCAGGAGGUCAUAUUCCCUGGAAUAAUUAUUAAACAUACAGCAAAUUUCUUUGCCCUUUUUACGUUUUUUUUUUAAAUCUGAUUUUGUCCAUGAAUGGCAUUUUGUCCAUCAAUGGCAUUGAUUGAUGUUGCUUCCUCACUGUGUUGCUGAAAAUUAAGCAACUUAUAUUGCUUAAUAUGUCUUCCUCAAACUAAUUUCACCUGCUACCUCUAGAUGUAUUUCCUCACCCCACUGGGUGAUGUUUCUUUUGACAUGGUCUCUCUCUAAAAGCAUACAGGUUAGCAGUCCUUUCCUCUCAGCCACUGCUAGCAUUAUUGUGAUUCUCGAUUCUUCAGAUUUUCUAUUCUAUUACAGGCGAUUCCCCCUCCCUUUUUGGUGCUCAAAGUGUCGGAAGACAAUCCUCCAUGAAUAGCUCACAUUUCUGCACAGUCUCCAUCCUCUGAAUGAAAGUAUUUGCGUCUGAGUUAGAAUGUUUAUAUAAGGAGACAUUCCAGGACGGUGAAGAUAGAGAUGUCUUCUUCCUUGGAAACAUCCCAGGGAAGUAAAGAUAACGCUUUUCCUUCCCUCACUGGAGACAUUUGUUUGCCUUCCAGGAAUACUAAGUAAUCUCUCUGUAGGAAGGAUGAGAAGAUGCACGGCAAACCCAUAAAACCCUAGAGUCUCCAGUGGUGCCGCCACUGUGUGCAAAACUAACACACCUAUGAGAAUGGGGCACCAGGAACCAAGCCGCAAUGCUGAUCUGGCUGGGUUUUUUGUUUGCUUGUUGGUUUUUUGCUAUGAGUGUUAAAUUGUAUCUCUGACCCCAAGGUCUCACAUCAAUAUAUGGUCACUUC